CACCAUUUUCAGUUUGGUGGUCAGCAUCAAGUGUGAAGUUUGUGAAGUAUUUUAAUCAUGAAACUGUGCCUUGUACUAUUCAUCUCCAUUUUGGGGAUUGGUCUCAGUGAGAAAUUUUACCACAUUGGCAGAUGGAUGACGGGAAACUGGUACCAAGGCAAUGCAUAUUGUAACUCAAUCAAUCAACGUCUGAUUAGCAUUAUGUCGGAGCAAGAAAACGAAAAGGUUACUAAAUUUAUUAAAAAUUCGGGCUAUCCUUUGUCGGAAAAUAGCUUUUGGACAUCUGGCACCAAAUUGGGCGAGAAUUUCAUUUACUGGAUGAGCAACGGAAGUAAAAUUGUCUAUAAAAAUUUUGUUGAUAAAAAACCAUACAAUUUGACUGUAACUGAAGCCCAAGCCGAAAAAUGUGUAGAACUACGUGGUCUUAACGAUCUAAAGUGGAAUGAAGUUCGUUGUGACAUCGAUUUACGUUUUGUAUGUGAAAUCGAAAGUGCUUCACGUUUAUCAAUUUGGGAUACCAUCCAUAAUAGAGACAAUGUUGUUAAAGAAGAAAAUUAACAACAAACGAAACGUUAAUUUUUAACUCAAGUUGAAUACUGAAAUUGAUACAGAUUUCAAAUUUCAAUGAAAAUAAAACAUUUUGAUGAUCAAUAAUCCAAUCCGUGUAAACAGAUAAAAUAAAUAAAGAUUUAAUUUUAAUGUCAUCUUACGAUCUAAUGACAUUUUAAACA